GACUCACCACUGAAACAGUGGUAGCGGAGCCGGCUACGGCCGGCAGACCUUUCCUGGCCAUGCCGGGAGGAGCUCCGCGGCGCUUUCGCCCACGCCGUGGUGCCGCUGCAGCUGGGCGAGGGGGACAAGGACACCAAGCUGAUCCGGCUGCCGAUGAGAGCACCGAAGGGGAUGGCGCUGUGGACGAGGCCUGGGAAUCCGAAGGCCACCAACAUGGAGAUGGAGUGACCAGCAGCUACUUCGGAGCGAACGAGCAGGCUGGCCCUUCAACCUCUGCAACGACUGGUGCGCCUCAUGCCGAAGGCAGCGCAACAGCAGGCCCGACAGAGACCAAUGGGGCGACAGAGUUCACCCUGGAGGACCAGUACAUGGGGGAUUGCCACCUCAAGCCUAUGGAGUACCCCAACAAGCACUUCCUGGUGGACAUGGUGCAGUACCCCAACAAGCACUUCCUGGUGGACUUGGUGCGGUACCUCAACAAGCACUUCCUGGCGGACAUGGCGUACUACCUCAACAAGCACUUCCUGGUGGAUACGGCGCAGGACAUCGACCAGUACUCCCUGGCGGAUUUGGCCCUCAACCUCAUCAAGCAUGGACCGAGAGCGCAACCUGGAGACCCAUGGAGCAACUACAGGCCCACCGAGACCGUGACCAAUGCCAAGGAGUUCAGCCAAAGACUUCGAGAGGAACGGCCGGGCUUCAGGCCAGUGACUUCGGCCUUUGAAGCUAUGGGCUAUGGGCAAGACGAUGCCGUCGUCUACAGCACCACCUGGUGCCAAUGUGACGAACGAACGGUCAGCACGGAGGUCUUGCUCACCUCGGAUGGCUACAGCGCGGUGCUGACUUCGCUGAUGCAGAAGUUCCAGCCCUACUUGGACGCUGUUGGCCCGCUCUCCAUCGACACGUUCCUGUACUCAGGUGAGAGAGCCCCGAGGGAAACCUUCAACGCCUACUUGAGCCGCAAGUCCACCCAGAAGCAGGAGCUGGAGUCGCAGAUUGGUGCCGAGGUCCAUCCCUUGAUAGCUGGACGUGUGCUUCUUCGACAAGCUGGCCUGACCGAGAACCAACAACAACUUGUGGCCCUGAAGAACCACACCCUGCUCUCCUAUGACGAGGUUGCCAAGACCCUGCAACCUCUGGACAGGUUGGACACGUUGGCCAAAGCUGGAGCGUUGACAACAGCGACGACUGGCAAGGUCUACAUGCAGACAGCUGAAGGAGAUGGCGAAGAUGAAGAAAACUAUGAUGAGGAAGCAGAAGAGGAGCUGGAGACUGAGGACGAAGACAGCGACUUCAUCCAGUUCGAGGACAAGGAGUACGACGAGAUGGAGGCGGUGUAUGUCCAGGCCUACAACGAUGUGAGAAAGGAUUUGAGAUCCCGCCGCAAAGAGCGUGGAUUCGUCAAGCAUGGCCGACGAUCGCCUUCGGGAUCGAGCAGCCCGAAGAAAGGCCGUGGCAAGGGCCGUGAAAAAAAGGGAGACCGAAAAAGGUCAGCUGGCAAGCAGCAGAAGGACGAGCCCUACAUCAGGGGAACGGAGUCAGAGCUGCUGGCACGCACCAGGUGCUUUUCGUGCCAGGAGUUGGGACAUGUCAGCAGGAACUGUCCGCAUCGAUCUACAACGACGACAGCAACUCCGAAGAAGACCUUUGUGGCCGUGACUCCAACCGGCCAUAGCACGACAACGUCCUAUGCGGUCUUCAAGCACGAGUGCCAGUACCCUCCAAAGGAAGAAGCUCUACUUCGUGCAGUAUAUGCAGGUGUGCAAGUCCGUGGAUUCGAGGCCGUGAUCGACACCGCAGCAGAGCAAUGCAUCAUCGGCAGCAAGGCCUUUGCGAGCCUUCAGGAAGAGCUGGCCUUGCUCAACCUCCGAGUGGUGCCCAUCAGGCAGCCUGCAGUUCCAUGUGCCGGCAUUGGAGGCCGAGCCAAACUGCAGGGACUUUACGAUGUUCCAACAUGCAUCGCUGGCCUGUUGGGUGUGCUGCGCUUCACUGUCAUCACGGACACCCUCAGCUUUGUGACGCCACCGCUGCUGGGAGUUUCCUAUUUGGAGGCGGUUGGAGCCAUCAUAGACCUGAGCACCAACCACUACAGCACUCCGGAUGGCCACACUGCCAACAUGCGACGUUUGUCUUCUGGCCAUCGGGCUAUCCACAUGCUGGACUUUGACGCCACGCCCUGGAAAUUGCCACUACAACAUCAAGUUCGCGGCCACGAUCCUUUCCGACUUCCUGUUCCUCGUUCCUCGCACUAUUUUUCGGGAGGCAAUGGUGCUGAAGGUUUUGGAGAUUUGCACGUUUCGUGCGAAGCUGAUGCUGGUAGCCCCAUGGACGAGACCUUCUUCCAGACGUACUUGGAGUCGCAGGUUUUGCCCUUGGAGAGCAGUGAAAUGACAGCAACACCAGUGGCAUCAGCGGCAUCGAGACCUGAUCGGUCAAGAUCUCCAACAAGAACCAAUGCUUCGGAACGCAACACCAUGGCCGACGACCAGAACAAUCAAGGACUUGGAGCAGGAGCCACAACGACGAGACGUGUGACCUUCGACACAACGACUGCAGCUGGUGCCCCGGCAGAUGUUGCAUCUUCGGCGGAGGAAUGGCACGCAGAAGAGGCCCCAUCGAGCUUGUCCAAAGAGACAGAUCCACCUGUGGAUCCCUUUGACGAAGUGGGCAGCCCGGAGUUUGUCAUGCAUGACGGACAGGCGCUGGACCCCAAUGUGGAGACCAAGGUCUGGGUGAUCAAGACAAACAGCGACAAGGAGCUUUUGGCGACCUACGUGGGUUGGAGGAUUCGCAUCUUGGAUCCCUUCGAUGUUCCACAAGCUCGCCGCUAUGACCUGACGGAACGCAGACAGGUGGUUGCCAAGUUUCCGCAGAAUGAGUCGCGGGUGGUGAGGGACUGCUGGCCCACCAACAUCAACCGCAUCAUGGAGAAGCCGUGGCAUGGCGACAUCACCUUCUACGAGUCGCAUGAGAAGGGCGACCCGUUCCGACCUUUUGGAACUUGGCUGGAUGCACAGCCACGUGGAUAUCCGCGACCACCUGGACCACCGCCUGGGUUUGGUUUGACCUCAUCGUCUUCAAGACCUUCUGGCGCAAGUGGCAGCUCUGGUGGGGGCGCUGGACACUACACACACCAACACGGUGGACAUGCAGCUUCCGCGCAGCAAAACAGUGCGGCGCAGCUGAUGAUGAUUGAGUACAAGAUGGAUGCCACCGAUGGUGAUGGAAAUUGGCAUGAAAUUUGUGAGAUGGAUGCUGGUGAUGAUGAUGAACCACAUCGGCAUGAUUGCAGUGCAGUCGAAUCGUCAAGUCGUGGUGAAAAUUCAAAGGCCUCCAUCCUCUCCAUGAUGGACAAGGAGGACAGGGGCGAGGAAUCGAGUCGAAAGCUUGGGACUCGGAAGUGCGAGACAGCUUGGUCUCGCGUGGUGAAAGCUAUGAUGCUGCUGAUCAACACAACGCGCUCGCAGAUGGUUCUGGACUACCUGCAGAAGAAGGGGGCGGUGUGCGACGAGGUGGACACCGAGAACGUUGGGGACAAGUUCAAGAAGGCGACCAAAGCCAAGGGCAAGGCGAACCAAACCGAGUGGAUCGCUCAGGGAAUUGGCAAGCCUCUGAAAAGGUCAACGGCACAAAAGUUUUGGGAGAAGGAGCCGGAGCAGUGCAACCACCCUGCAGAGUAUCUACGCUGCAGAGCCAACCGGUUCGACCGCUGGUGGGUGUGCCUGACGUGCGGAUCCCGCUGGGAGAGGUUCGAUGUGGACCAUGCGGCAUCCUCGACAGCCACGGUGGUGCCAGAGACGCCGGACUCCCACAGCCUGAAGACCCUGGAGGGCACGUAUCCCCAGUUCUUGCCAGCUCCAAGAUCGAAGCCAGACCAGGGAGCAGUGACCCUGAAGGUGACCAACAUGGGAAAGAUUUCCAUGGUGGAUGGAGGCACUGGGUCAACUACGUCCCGGAGAUUGAAGACAAGCUCCCAGGAGACCGCUCGGGCACGAUCUGCUUCCAAGGAGCGCCAAAUGACGGGACUACGUGCAAGUCAGGCUGCCAAAAGAGUGCCGACCUUCAACAUCGACCGCGAGGGCACGAUGGAGCACUUGGAGGAAGCCUUCGGACCGACAGAGGUUCUCAUGAUCAGCGACGAGGAGAAGGAGUGGGAUGCCGGCCCACCGCACGCAGACUAG